AUGGCUGGUGAUCCCAGAUUAAGAACAAGAUUUGAAUCACUGCUACUAGAAACAUUAAAAGAUUUUAUUCAAUUACACAGUUCAUUGAACACCAAUGAUAACAGUGAUUUAUCAUCCCUUGAACUUUCAGUUCAUUUAUUCGCUGGUGCAUUAUUUAUACAAUCUGGUCAUCCAGUAAUUAUUACAGGUCCAUAUGGUUCUGGUAAAUCUCAACUAGCUAUUGCAAUAAAUCAAAAUUACAGUAGACAAAGAAGGCUGAAUAAAAGCAAAAUCAAAUCAUUCCGAAUGAAUUCCGUAGAUUUUGUUGGAAAGAUUUCUUCAACACUGAAAUAUUCAAAGGAGGGUGAAAAUAUCAAUAAGAUUCAUACACUACAUGGAUCUGUGUUGAAUGAAAAUAAAUUCAUGAAUAAUAUUAUCAUUUUGGAAGAUGUACAUUUGGUAUCAAAGAGGCCAGAAUUGCAAAGGAUGUGGAGUCAAGAACUACGUUAUCAUAUGAUGACAAUUAAUUCAAAGGCAUUUGGUUAUUCUUCCCUACCUUCGUCGUUUACCUCUUCAUCCCUCCCCUACACUUCAUCUUCAUCAUCGGCAUCACUACACUGCAGGAGUUCACAAGAUAGUGUUCUACCAAUUAUAACAACUUUAGAUAACCAUCAAUCUGCUCAAACACACUGGAUUUUCCAACUAAAUUGA